AUGGAGCGCUGGCCCUACGGCUGUGCGUGGCUCCUGGUGGCCGGCCGGGCGCUGCUCCAGAUGCUCCGCUCCGACCUGCGCCUGAGCCGCGCGCUGCUAGGGUCCCUGGCGCUGCUAGCCCUGCUGGACUGGCUGUGUCGCCGCCUGCUGCCCACGCUGCCCGGGGUGGCCGUGGUAGCCGGCGUGGGUUGGCUGGUGUUGUCCCGACUGGCUCGGCGGCCCAGGCUGCCCGUGGCAGGGAAGGUGGUCUUCAUCACUGGCUGUGACUCUGGCUUCGGGAAGGAGACAGCCAAAAGGUUAGAUGCCAUGGGCUUUACCGUGCUGGCCACGGUAUUGGAGCCAGAGGGCAGAGGGGCCCAGGAGCUUCGGGCCUCUUGCUCCUCCCGACUGACCCUACUGCAGAUGGAUCUGACCAAACCUGGGGACAUCACCCGAGCCCUGGAGCUUGCCAAGGCCCAAACUGCCCGCUCUGGGCUUUGGGGACUAGUGAAUAACGCGGGCCGCAAUGACAUAGUGGCCGACGUGGAGCUGUCCCCAGUGGCCACCUUCCGCAGCUGCAUGGAGAUCAACUUCUUCGGGGCUCUGGAGCUGACCAAAGGGCUGCUGCCGCUGCUGCGUCGCUCCCGGGGCCGCAUUGUCACCGUGGGCAGCCCGGCAGGAGACAUGCCGUAUCCUUGCCUGGCCGCCUAUGGGGCCUCCAAGGCUGCAGUGGCUUUGCUCAUGGACACUUUCCGCAGCGAGCUCCUCCCCUGGGGGGUGAAGGUCAGCGUCAUCCAGCCCGGGUGCUUCAAGACAGCGCCCAUGGAGGACCCCGGCCUCUGGGAGCAGCGGAAAAGGCUGCUUGUGGCCAGCCUGCCCGGGGAGCUGCUGCAGGCCUACGGAGAGGACUACAUCGAGCACACGCACGGCCAGUUUCUGCGCAGCAUGCGUCUGGCUGUGCCCGACCUGAGCCCCGUGGUGGAAGCCAUCACGGACGCGCUGCUGGCCGCUCGGCCCCACCGCCGCUACUACCCGGGCCGGGGCCUGGCCCUCAUGUACUUCAUUCACUACUACCUGCCCGAGGGGCUGCGACGCCGCUUCCUGCAGGAGUUUUUUAUCAGCCACUCACUGCCCCGGGCCCUGCGGCCCCCGGCCCCGAACCAGACCCAGACCACGUCCCAGUGAACCGGGCACAACCACCCAGGGCCCCCGCUGGGGAAUCACCUGCCCAGGACUCAGUGGGGGUCAAGUGAAAGACCUCUGGACUUGGGGGUCAGAAGAUCGGGGUUUGAGUCUCAGCUUUGCCCCUGACUACCCAUGUGACCUUGAGGACAUCAUUUCUCCCCAACCCCUACUCCCCCAAGCCGUUUCUUUCUAACGAAGGAGACGGUGUGCAUUAAAUGAUCUCGAAGGUCCCUUCCAACUCCAGAUCCUUUGAUCUGCUGACUCAGUGUGUGGGCCCGGCCCAGGGUAAAUCCAGAUGUUGGCUAGCGCUGCGUGGCCCCUUCCACGCACGCGGCGUCUCUAGACACCGCUUCUUCCCUGCCAAGCCCUCAUAAGGACUGUCGGGAGGGGAGGAGGGAGGACGAAGGGCUUUGCCUGGUAAACUCAAUGAAAGGAAAGGAAUGCUGGGAUCUGAAGGGUUACUUCCAACCAUAUCUUGGCUGGCUCAAGAAUUAGAAUCCUCCCUUAGAGCUGCGGGCUCAGCUGUAUCCUCUAUAUCACCCCACCACCUAACUGAUUGUCACUUUUGAAGUACACCAAUAAACUGGAAUUUUUAUUUCUCCUACAA